GAGGUGAGUUUGUUCAUUCUUCUUUGGCCUUGAGCCAUGCUGACCGAAGACUUUAUUCAUUGACAGAAUGUCUCUGGAGUGCUCAACGUGCAGAGAUGCGGUCUAGGAUACUUUCUGUGACUUCUGCCAGUGCAUCACCAUUCGAACAAAUUUUCCAACUUGGUUCUGGUGAAUCUUCUGGCCGCAUUGCAGUGAACUUGCUCAUUUUCAAUCAUUUAGCUGCUGUCAUUAUUUUCGAACACUCUUUCUACGUUUUCGACCAGCGACGCCAUCUUAAGGACCAGCAAGAAUCUGUUCCCUCUUGUUAUGUCGCUCUUGAGCGGUAUAUGGCGUCUCCGCAUGCAAUUACUGUCAGGGAUGCAGUGAAUACUGUUAUUCACCAAUAUCAAGAACCUGUGGGCACUGCCGUCCACACAAAUCAAGAAAACUCGUCUAAUUGGAAAGCAAAGCUACUGUUUGGGCGUUUCCGGAGGAACGACAGACAAGAUAAGGAUCACUCGGGUUUACUCGAAACAAUUCUUAAAAUUGCUUUAGAACAUCGCCUGCGUAUGCCUUAACACGACCUUGAUGCCAGUCAAUGAAUCACGACGUAGGUGAUGCUUGGAGUUAUAUUCUGGAGGCAAAUGAGGGUUUCUAGAAUGGUCUGUCGAGGGCGGUUCAAGUUUUGA